GACCCACUUUAUGAAUUCUUUAUAACCUUUUCAAAUUUUAUUUUAAAUCACUCGCCGCGAAUGACGAAUGUCCCCUCCUCAAUCUUCGCAUGUUUGCUCGCCAUUUAACUACUUCUUUACUUAUCAUACCAAAAAAAAAACUACUUCUUAAUUCUAUUUAUACAUAAACUCACUCACACACCAAAAUCACAUCUCAAAUCCUAAAAUCUUUCACUCUCUCACAUUAUUCUCUCUUCAUUGAUGGCUUCUUUUGCUCUGAAACCCAUUUUUUGUUUCAUUGCUGUUUUUUGCUUCAUCGUCCACAAUGUUGAAGCUAGAGAGGGUAAGCUCUUCUUUAGCAAGUUCACUCACAUAGAUCGUCCUAACAACAAAGAUGUCGCUCUAUCUCCAGCUCCAGCUCCCGGACUAGCCCAAGCUAAUGGAAGACUCGGAAAUGGGUCUUUCGGGCCUGGUUCCGGUAUGAUUCCUCAAACCAAAGAGUCAUGGCCAAGUUCAUCCACUACAACAGACGAAGAGUUUGAGAAAUUGAUGGCUACAUUUGACGAAGAAAAGAAUACCAAGUUACCCGAGGCAUUCGAGGAAGAAGAAGAAUCUGAAGAUUCGGAAGAUCUCAAUGAGCCAAAGGAUAAGUACAACAACAACAACAACAAUAAUGGAUACACUUACACUACUAACAAUUAUAAUGACAAUGGGAGAGGUUACGGUAAUGAAGAAGAGAAGCAGGGGAUGAGUGACACAAGGGUUAUGGAGAACGGUAAGUAUUUCUACGACACAAGAGGUAGGAAUUCAGAAAACACCCCUAGUCGCGGGUAUGAGAAUGCUCGAGGAAAUGAUCAUACCAACGAGUUUGAAACUAUGGAGGAAUACUACAAGAGCUUGGAGGGUAGUCAAGAAGAGUAUGAGCCUUAGAAGGAAAUUGUAUUUGAGAAAACAAAACACUUUUUUGGAGCAAUUAAUUAUAUUGUGCAAUCUCCAUUUACUUGUCUUUUAUGAAAAGUGAAAGUAAAAACACUUUUAAGUUAUACAAAUCAAAGCUGUGAGUUAUAUUAUGUUUAUGCUAAAAUUUUUUAACGUUUAUCUUAAUCUCAAUUUAUGACCAUGAUUAAUACCAGCGACGAGUAUGUGUU